AUGUUCUUCCAGCAAAUGGUCGACGGCGACAAGUACGAGCUGAUGGACGCCGACGGCUCUGGCACCACCUUGAUGGAGAAUGGGCGCAUUCUGUGGACAGGCGGGUGCCAGUUCGAGGCGACGGUCGACAAGAAACACUACGACUCCCCCCAGGGCCCGACGCGCUCUUUGGACGAGAUGCUCGAAAACUUGAGGUCGGUUUUCUCUUCCACGGAAAUCUCGGCGACUUCCUCGGCUUCUCCCACAGCUUCGUCUGGUUUUGAGAAUGACACGGCUUCGAUAUCUCCCGUCCGUGUUACCACGGAGGAGGAGGCUCCCUCGACUUCUUCCGCGGCGUCUUCUGGUUCCGACGGUGUCAUGUCCGUGGUUUCUCCUGACGGUGGCACCGCGGAGGAUACGGAGUCCAACAUCACAUUCGGCAGGUUCGGCGACGCUCCUGCUUCGGUUCCCCUCCCGACCGUUCAACGCGCCGGCGCCACCAAGGAGGCGAAGAACGUGAAGCGCGCCACGAGGAGAAAGGCGGCUUUUCAGGCUCGUGUGGAAGCAGGACAUGAGGCAGUCAAGUUGAACAAUUUGGUACAGCUCUUUCACCUGGUGAUGGAACUGCGCGACCCGAACAUCUGCGACAUGCUUCGUGUCAAGCAAGCCUUCAAGGGCCAUCCCAGCGGAAAAGCUGGGCUGGUGCGGGAUGACGACCAGGAUUUCUGCGACCAUCAUCUGCAGGUGGCUAAUCACCUUCUGAAGAAACUACAGGCGGCGUUUCGGGUGGGACGACGUCCGACGCGUGAGUCCGUGAACCUCACGCUCACGCUCGGAGAAGUCCCGCUGGGCGUGAACCUCCGCCCAUGCGAUAUGCACGAGACGUCCGUUAUGAUUCUCCUGGAGGAUAGGACAGAGUUAAGAUACGGGUUGCCCAUGAGGGCUCUGAUCGCCAGGGCAUCACGGGAGUCCGAUGGUUGGUGCCAUUUUUCGAAGUACUGUCCCGUCUUGAAGGUCCUCACCUUUACCCGACCGGACGAGCUUGGCCAAAUGCAGGCCACCAGCGGGUCUCCAAUUGAUGUCGCCAAAUGCCGGAAGUCGUGCAAUUCCUUGAAGAAUUUCUGGAACUCCACCAGGUCACCGACCCGGUAUCACGACACGUCACUUUUGACGGAGGUGUUCAAUGGGUACAAGAACAACGCUGCGAGGGUGGGGGUAGCCAGAAACCAACUCGAGAACUCGCUGAAGAAGAAGGGGCACGGCGUAAAGAUUGCCAAGGGGAGGGCACCGCACAUGUCACCGGACGAGUUGGCACGCACUGCCUUGAUAUGA